AGGCCAUCAAUGAAUGAAUUUGUCCAUUAACAUUAUUUCAUAACACGUGCUGUUACGUGUCUUGGCCCCCAGUGCCUUGUAUGACAGUCCUACGCGUCCCGCCCCCCAGCUCUGAACAGUACCUAUCGUAGAGCGGCAGAGGACGGGCCCAGAACACGAGAACUUCCUGUUAGGACCCGGUCAGUAAAAAUCAAAAGAGGAGACGGUAUUUAUAUGAAGACGGAUCAUAUAUUGAAUACAGAAUAUCCUGUCUCUCAAACACUACAGUGAUAAUAAGAUGAAGGUUGAUCAAUUGAUAUUAGCGGUGUGUGUAAUCUUCACCAUAAUCCCAGUCCCAAUAUCAGCGGCGCUGCCAUUAUUAGCGUAUGCAGCGCCCGCCAUUUUUGGACUAGGAAUGUUAGGGGGAUUUGGCGACAAGCUUGGGCUAGGAGGACUUUUUGGGAAAAAGAAGAAAGAACCUUCAUAUAGUCCCAUGUUUGGCGGAUCCUUCGGGGGCAUGAACGCCCCAGAUAUGUCGAUGAUGUUCAUGUCAGGCUUUCCUCCAAGGGGCCCUGGAGGAAUGCAGGGAGGAUUCGGCGGAGGAAUACCGGGUGCUCCUGGUAUGGGAAUGGGUGGGGCUGGACUUGGAAUGGGUGGAGCAGGACUUGGUGGGAUGGACAUGGGCUUAGGGGGCGGCAUGGGAAUGGCUGGUCCCGGUUUGACAGGCGGGUUUGGGCAGCAGACAGCGAGAUUCGGACAGCAAUCGAGGAGUCAGGGACUAUCGGGAUUCGGGAGGAGGCGUCGACGACGCUCUUUUAGGCUGUGAUGGCGUUGAUUCUGAAUUCUGUGAUACCUGUCUUAGGAUCCAUGUGCGAUUCAUUGUUAUACAUGUGAAUAAAAUCUGUUGGAACAUGGA